AUGAACCAAGAUCCUUCACUGGCAUCAUGGUCUGACCAUGUGCCGGAAGACUCUCUGAUCUCGGGCUCCGGCGAGGACUUUUCAAAUAUCCUUGACUUCGAGUUUGACCUAGCCGACCUAGAAAGCGCUGUUGACCAACAUGGUCGGGCCAUUACCACCUCCGCGUCGCAAACGCCGGCUUCUAUGGUGCACGAUACUCAGUUGACUGGAAUGGAGGGGAUCGAAACGACUCAACCCCACCAAUACCCGACGUCGUUUGUGGAACAAAUGCGGUCUAUUGAUAUGCAGGGAGUCAAUUGCAUGCAGUCUCAAGUGAAUCAAACGUCUGUCUAUUUUCAAAAACAACAGCAGCAGCCUCAACAAGGUAUCAUGCCACAAAGCUUUGGGCAACCACAUCAAUUUGUCCCACCUACACCGAACAGCACCGAGUUACACGGUGGUGUGGGACGGUAUCCCCCUCAGCUAGAUUCUGCAACCCAGCGGCACUAUGAACCCUAUACUCGAGCCACCGAUGAUCCAAGCGCCUUCACCCCGUUGAUAUCGCCCGCAAUGACCCCACUAGAACAGCAACUUCGGUUUCCAGAAUACGCUACUCCUGGCGAAUAUCUUACUCCGUUGACUUCGCCUGCCCUGGAGGCACAUGGUUCCAAUGGAAACGGGCUCGUUUUUGGCCAAACUUCAGGAGUCGAUAUGGGUUUUAUCACCUCGCAUGCAGAAAUGACACACCCGUUACCUACCAAUACGACCCCUUCCUCCCCUGCGAUAAUCAGGAGAAAUCGGCGUAGAUCUUCCAUCGCAUCAAGGCCUAACGCUCGUUUGGUGCGACAGUCCCCUUCUAUGAGGCCUGCUAGCAGUCGCCAAAAGUCACGGCCAGGUUCCGCCGUCCUCUCCGGCACUGAUAACCGCUUAUGGAAUAAGGAUAUCUCUCAAGAUCCGUCGCUGGCAUUGAGAAAGGCUGGCUCUCAGCAAGGCAGCAGUACUGAAAGUUCAGGCCAAGAUUCUGUUUCACCAGAGCCGCUAAACGAGCCAUUGAUGCCACCGCCAGCCCUUCCGCGUGUCUUUAAGUCACCCUUCAUGGGGGCUCAAGAGUCAAGCUCGGAAAUAAGAGCACGGGAAGCAGCUACGCCAGCAACGUUGAUGAAAUUGCAAAGGCAGCCUCCUCAAGCUACUUCUGGCAAUCGGUUCUCGAGACCUGGCUCUGUUGUGGUUUGUGAUGUGCCUGAGGAAUCUAUGGAAGAUAUCUCACUCCCAGAACCGGCUACAAAUGUUGAUCAUGCUGCUGUUUCAACCAGCAGUACUCUCGCAGAAGUGAAUGAACCAACGCCAAAGUUAGCGGCGAAACAGGCACCUGUUCUGAAAUCCCUGAAUGAAACAAGUCGUUCAGGAACAACUUCAGUUACCCCCAGCCCUCAGAUUGGCGCCAUGGGUUCUCCAAUGGGCCCUGUUGGUUUAAAAAGGGCAGAUUCAAAGCCAGGAGGAAGAACUUCUAAAAAACGACAAAGCGGGAGCACGUCCCAGAUGAGCCCGGCUCUAAGGCCGAAAAUCAGUCCAAGUAUACAGCCUCUAAUUCGUGGGGAAGGCAUUUCGUCAGAAACAUCAGCACUUUACCUAGCUUCAAAGUCAAACUAUCAGCACAUUCUCGAAGGAACGCUGCUCCCAGGAGUCACCUACCCAGAAACUCUAGCCGAGAACCUGAGUUCGAAACGGACAAAUCAUAAGCUUGCGGAACAAGGACGACGCAAUCGCAUCAACACAGCUCUUAAAGAAAUAGAAGGCUUACUCCCCCCUUCCUUAACUAAUGACAAAAGUAGGGAGAAGGAUAAGGCUGAGGCGGGGACAUCGAGGUCUCCGGACAAACCUGCAUCCCAUCAACCAAUCAGCAAAGCGAGUACGGUGGAGCUUGCCAUUGUUUAUAUCAAAGAAUUGCAGAAGGAGCUCGCUGAAACCAAAGAGAAGCUAAAACAAGCAGAAACAAGGACUGAAAACAUUGCAAGCCCAAGCAUAAAACCUCAGAAUUUGAAAGGCGAAAAGCAAGUGAUCGAACAUGAGAGGCCGGUCCCCAAAGCACCUGUCACAACAGGAUUAUCUGGAGACCCGACCGAAUCAAAACUUGCAAAUAACGACUUGCAUGUUUCGGAAUGA